AUGAAAAAAAUGGAAAAUUCAGUAUAAUGCAUUUUUGAGAGUUUAAUCAUUUAACUUGUAUCUAGCUAAAUGUUCUUUUGGUUGUGAUGAUAGCAGAAGUGAUUUAGUCUCUUAAUGUAUCAAGAAAUGGAGAUUUUUAGAUAAUGAAUGCAUUCCUACUAGAUAAUAUUUUAUAUAAUUUAGCACCUCCAUUAGAAUGAACCAAGUUUAUGGUUUAAAAGUUGAUUUAAUGAAUCAUUUCACAAUAAAAAUAAAUGAAUUAGAUCUAAUUAUUAUGGAAAUAGGUUAAAAAUAAUUAAUUGCAGAUGAUAUUAUUUCUUCUAUUAUCAUAUAAAUUUAGGUUUAAUGUUUAGAAAAAUCUUAAUAUCAAGCUUCUUAGAAAUUGUGA